UCUUGAGGAGAGAGAAAACACUUAAUGAUUAAGGUUCAUAAUGUCAUCACAAUAAGUCUACUGGAAACCGCUGAAGUGCCCAAGACGUGGGCUCUACUUAAAAGAAUACUUCUUCUGUUGUUUGUGGCUGACUUCCAGGCCAUACGUUAUUUAUGUUCGUGCAAACGAAGGUUUUCUUGGGGGGAAACUCACAAAAUUUAGUUACCGCUGGUUGAGCAGUGUUCAGACAUUUCAAGGCUCGUUCGGAGCAACAGCCGAUAAUAAGUGCCGCUCUGACAACAUUAAGUCAUCAUGAGUAGCUCAGAAGAAGUGUCAUGGAUCUCCUGGUUCUGUGGCUUACGAGGCAAUGAAUUCUUCUGUGAGGUGGACGAGGAUUAUAUUCAGGACAAAUUUAACUUAACAGGUCUUAAUGAACAGGUGCCACAUUACAGACAGGCAUUAGACAUGAUUCUGGACUUAGAACCAGAGGAUGAAUUAGACGAUAAUCCGGGUCAGAGCGACCUAAUUGAACAGGCCGCCGAGAUGCUAUAUGGACUCAUACAUGCUAGAUUCAUUCUUACAAAUAGAGGCAUUUCAAAAAUGAUUGAGAAGUGGCAGCAAGGAGACUUUGGUUACUGUCCCAGGGUAUAUUGUGAAAACCAACCCAUGCUCCCGAUAGGUUUGUCUGAUGUCCCCGGAGAAGCUAUGGUCAAACUCUACUGUCCCAAGUGCCAGGAUGUGUACACUCCCAAGUCAUCCCGACACCACCACACUGACGGUGCUUAUUUUGGCACCGGCUUCCCACACAUGUUGUUCAUGGUUCACCCAGAGUACAGACCCAAGCGUCCCGCCAACCAAUUUGUUCCAAGAUUGUAUGGAUUCAAAAUCCAUCCCUUGGCUUACCAGCUUCAGUACCAGGCCGCAGCAAGUUUCAAGAUGCCGAUGAGAGGCAUGGGUCACAACAACAGUAAACGAUAAAGAAGACAUACGUAGGAGAUUAACACUGGAGAAUUGAGCUGUUAUCCCCCUUCAUUGGGAGACCAUUUUCUAUAUGGGCAGAGAACUUCAAAUGAAGAUCCUGUAAAGUGGGGGGUAACUUCGGUCAUAACGACUGUGGUGUACUUGAUAGUGGGGGAAGCGGUGCAUUAAGGAGUGCAAAGACUGGAGAGAGAAAUUCAUUCAUUUUUUUUUUCCUGUUUGUUAAAUACCAGUGAGAAAGAAAAGAACUUCUGAUGACAUUUGAGAAAUUCACUGGUGACUGCUUUGAUGAUAACAUAGGUUAUUGUCAAUCUCCAAAUGUUUCUUCAGGUACCCGGUUUUUUGUACACAACCUUUUGGCUUUGUUCCCGUGUUGGUGUAAAUGUGGUGGUGAUAUACACAGCUAAGAUUUGUACAGUCUGUUUGUAUGACAGCAUCAGUAAUAAAAGUUGUAUAGUCUGUA